AUGGAAAUGUUCAGAGAAGGAGGAUCAACUUCCAGACCCCCCAUGCUGGAAGGUUCUAACUACCCCUAUUGGAAGACAAAGAUGAGAGCUUUCUUGAAGGCUGUGGAUGAACGAGUCUGGAUGGCAGUUGCCGAAGGUUGGUCACCUCCUACUGUUACUGACGAGGAAGGGGACAAGAUCAAGAAAUCCAGUGAAUGGACUACUGACGAAAUGGAACGAGCUAAUUUCAAUUCCAAAGCUCUUCAUGCCCUCUUCAAUGCUGUCUCGACUAAUCAACUGAAAGUUAUCUCGAACUGUGAAGUUGCCAAAGAUGCUUGGGAAAAGCUGAAAAUCAAGAAUGAGGGAACUGAUGCUGUUAAAAAGGCUCGACUUCGAUCUCUAGCUAAAUCCUUUGAGAAUCUGUCAAUGGAGGAAGAUGAAUCCGUCUCAGAAUUUCAUGCUAAGCUGUGUGACAUUUCCAAUGAAUCCUAUGCUCUUGGCAAAACUUACUCCAACAAGAAAUUGGUGAGAAAGCUACUAGGUGUUCUUCCAAAAAGAUUCAUGUCCAAAGUAACGUCUAUUGAAGAAAGCAGAGAUAUUGAAACACUUGAUCUAGACGAAUUGAUUGGGUCACUCCAAAAUUAUGAGUUAACUCUUGAGAGAUGGGAGAAAGGGAAGAAAACCAAGAGUUCUGAGAAGGAGAAGAUCGAAAUGGGAGUUGCUUUCAUCCAUAAGGAAGAAAACUCUAAGGAAGUUGAUUUGUCUGAAUCUUUUACAGAUGCGAAUCUGGCCCUUCUGGCAAAGAAUUAUGCCCGAUUCUUAAAAAAGAACUUCAAGAAACCUAAUCCUGGUAAUAAGGAAAAUUCUGCUGGAAGGAACUUCCCUGGUCCUAACCGACAAUCCCAACAAUCAGAAAAGAAAGGAAAAGGGAUUCAGUGUCACGAAUGCUCAGGUUUUGGUCACAUACAGGCAGAAUGUGCAAAUACACUUAAGAAAAAGAAGGCCUUGGCUGUCACAUGGAGUGAUAGUGAAGAAGAAGAGGCUAGUGAUGAAUCGAAGGAUGAUAAGUCUGUAAUGGCAUUUAUGGUCAGGGAAUCUGUCCCUGAAGAAGUUAAGGGAGAUGACUCUUUGUCUGAUUCUGAAUCAACAGUUGAUGAGAAAAAUAAGGCUUAUGAGGAAAUGUUUGCACAAUGGGGCUAUAUGGCUAAGAGAGUGAAGGAACUACAGGAUCUGAACAAAGCUCUUGAUGAUAGUAAAUGUGAACUAGAAGAUAAGCUCAAGAAGAUGACAUUGGAGUUGUGUUCCAAAGACAGUGAGAUAUACAAAUUGACUUCUGAACUUGUGAGAGCAAAGCAAUCCCUUUCUCAUGUUCCCUCGGGCACUGCUGCACUGAAUCAAGCUCUCCAAAAUCAGAAGCCGUAUGGAGACAGAACAUCUAUUGGAUACAAACUGUUAUACAAUCAAGGGAAUGAUUUGACUAUUGAAGAUAACUCAGCUUCAUCCUCUGGUGAUAAAAUAAAGUUUGUGUCUGCCUCUACUACCAUCAAGGAUGAUCAACCAGAGAUAAAACCUGAUGAAUCUAAGCCCAACUCUGUCAAAAGAGGUCCUAUGAGUGAAAAAUCAAGAGACAAACAGGUUGAUCGAUUUGUUCCAACGUGUCACUUCUGCAAUAAAAGAGGACACAUCAGGCCAAGAUGUUACAAACUCCGAACUUACUUGACAAACCUUAUCAAUAGGAAAUCUGGCCACGGUAACUUCCCUUUUGCCCCUCAACAAGGAACUAAGAAGAAGAGGAAAUCCAAACGUGAAAAUCUGGCUCUUGUUGCUCAUACCUCCCUGUCAGCUAUGAAAGAUAACUGCUGGUACUUUGAUAGUGGAUGCUCACGACACAUGACAGGUUCCUGCAAUGAUCUUAAGAACUUUCAUUCAUCCAAAGAAGGUUUUGUCACCUUUGGUGAUGGAAAUAAAGGGGAGAUUAUGGGGCAGGGUGAUCUAGAUCUCUUCGAUGUCUUCUCUCUGACAGGCGUGCUAUUCGUGAAAGGACUGAAAGCAAACUUAAUUAGCAUCAGUCAACUAUGUGAUGCUAACUAUGAUGUGAACUUCACCAAGACACAAUGCUUAGUCUCAUCUGAAGGGAAAACAGUUCUCACAGGGAACAGAACGGCUGAUCACUGCUAUGUUCUGACCAAUCAAGUGAAAUGUCACAGGGUGUUCUUGGAUAAACCUGAUUUAUGGCACUACAGACUGGGACAUCUAAACUACAGAGACUUGAAGAAGAUUGUCUCCAUCAAAGCUGUCCGUGGGAUCCCUGAAUUCAGAUUGGGAAGAGAUAGGGUGUGUGGUCCCCGCCAAAGAAGGUAA